UUCCUUCACACCUCUCUCUCUCUCUCUCUCUUCUUUCUCUCUCUACUGUUGCGUAGGUACGGAGAUGGGAUAUAUAUAGAGGCGACCGCAUAGCCUGCGAAAAGAAGCUGACAAAAGGCAGCGACGACGAAGAACGACGACGACAGCGUCCUUUCACUGCAGCUACGCACACGUACUUGCACGCUUCGAUCCCUUCCACUGCUUUCCCACCCGUCUUCUCUCUCUGCCCUCCUUCCACACCCUCUGCUGCCUCGGUUUCGCUCGCCGGCCGAAGCCCACCGGGAGAGGCGCUUUGGGUCAAGCAUGCUGGAGACCGUGAAGUACCUCCUCGGCUCCGUCGGCCCCAGCGGGUACGGCUCCAAGUCCACCGCCGAGCAGGUCACCGACCGCCGUGACCUCCGUUCCAUCACAGCCAUCAUCACCGGUGCGACGUCCGGGAUCGGAGCCGAGACGGCCCGGGUGCUGGCGAAGCGCGGCGCGAGGCUGGUGCUCCCGGCGCGGAGCCUCAAAGCCGCCGAGGACGCCAAGGCCCGCAUCGCGUCCGAGUGUCCGGGCUCGGAGAUCGUGGUCAUGGCGCUCGAUCUCAGCUCGCUCACCUCCAUCCGCAACUUCGUCGCCGAGUUCGAGUCGCUUGGCUUGCCUCUCCACCUUCUCAUAAACAACGCCGGAAAAUUUGCGCACAACCACGCCAUCUCCGAGGACGGAAUCGAGAUGACCUUCGCGACGAACUAUCUCGGUCACUUUCUGCUGACGAAGCUGUUGCUCAACAAGAUGGUCGAGACGGCGCACGCCACCGGCGUGCAAGGGCGGAUCGUGAACGUGUCGUCGACCAUCCACGGCUGGUUCUCCGGCGACAUCAUCCGCUAUCUCGGACUCAUAACCCGCGACAAAAGUCACUACGACGCCACACGUGCUUAUGCUCUCUCGAAGCUGGCCAACGUUCUGCACACCAAGGAGCUUGCCCGGAGACUGAAGCAAAUGGAGGCGAACGUGACCGCGAACUGUGUUCAUCCGGGGAUCGUGAGAACCAGGCUCACCAGGGAUCGAGAAGGCUUCGUCACCGAUCUGGUUUUCUUCUUGGCCUCCAAGCUUUUGAAGACGAUCCCUCAGGCUGCUGCGACUACAUGCUAUGUCGCGACGCACCCGAGGCUGGCGGACGUGUCGGGGAAGUACUUCUCGGACUGCAACGAAGCAUCGACUUCGAAACUCGGAUCCAGCUUGCUCGAAGCCACGCGGUUAUGGUCCGCCUCGGAAACUAUGAUCUCCGGAGACCCGAAAGCGGCUUUCGACCCGCUCGAUCCAUCGCGUUGAUGAACAGGAGAUGUGCACAAAGGAAAAGCAAAGUUUGACAAAGACAUAGGAGGGAAAAUGGAAACCGAACAAAGGGAGGAAAAAGGAAGAGAGGAAAGAAAGGAAAAUCUACUAGAUUAUACGUAUCUAGUUCUAAAGGGAGCCGGUCCAAGGAGAAGAACCCCAAUAUUAGAAAGCUAGCUAGCUAGCGGGUGGGCAAAACUGAAAGAGCAAAAAAAAUACUGUGUACAGCAUUAAACUAGCAUACACUACAACAAUCAGCAAAGAUAUCUAUGUAGUUUUGUA